AUGGAUAGAGCGGCUGCCCUGCGAGCCGCCGGCAUGCUGGAGAGGAAGGAGCGGAGCGGCGGCGAGGCGGCGACCGGCGGCAGCGGGGGUCCCCGGGCGGGCGCGGGGCCGCGGGGGCUGCCGGCCGUGCGGAGCACGCUGCAGCAGUGCGGGCUGCUGCAGGACCUCAUCGACAUCUCCCUCUCCAACCUGCGCGGGCUCCGCACGAAGUGCGCCGCGUCCAACGAUCUCACCCAGCAGGAGAUCCGCACCCUGGAGGUGAAACUGAUUGACUACAUCCACAGACAGCGGCAGUGCAAGCUGAGUGUGCCCCUGAGUGACAGGACAGCAGAGCUCAACAGCUACCCAAGGUUCAAUGACUGGCUGGACAUUGUCAAUGUGAGGAAAGAAGUUGUACAGAGAAUACCAGAGGAGCUCACCUUAGAUGCCUUACUAGAAAUGAAUGAGUCAAAGGUGAAAGAAACAAUGAAGAGAUGUGGUGCCAGAGAUGAGGAGUGCUCCAGACUCAACGGGGCACUGAGCUGCUUACGGAAGGUGACUGAAUCAGGUGGGGAGUUCAAAGAUGAUGUUCUGAUGAACCUUCCUGAGGCACGACGGGAGAACAGCUCCGCACCCCCCCCUGACUCCUCUGCACCCCCUGCCCUGCAGCCCCCCCGGGGCAGCACCCAGCACCCACGCUCCCUCUCAGUGUCUACAGCCCCAGCUCCUGACUCUCUUGCCUCGAGCCACGGACCUUCUAUCUAUGCAGAAAACCUCCUGGACCCUUUUGCAUUCCCCACACAGAGUGGCAGGUUAACACCAAGGACUCCUCACAGCAUCACCAUCACCCCACCAGCCACUCCUCAAACCAAGAGACGGCACAAGCUGAAGCCACCACGGACCCCUCCUCCCCCCUGCCGGAAGGUUUUUCAGCUGCUCCCCAACUUCCCAACCCUCACAAGGAGCAAGUCCCACGAAUCACAGCUGGGAAACAGGAUAGAUGAAGUUCCACCAAUAAAGUUCGAACUCUCCCAAGGAUCCCCUCAAAUGGUACGAAGAGACUUUGGCUUAGCUGUAACACACAGGUUCUCUACAAAGUCCUGGUUAUCUCAGAUUUGCCAAGUCUGUCAGAAAAGUAUGAUGUUUGGGGUGAAGUGUAAGUACUGCAGAUUGAAAUGUCACAACAAAUGUACUAAAGAGGCACCUGCUUGUAGAAUAUCCUUCCUUCCCAUAACAAAAAUAAGAAGAACAGAGUCUGUCCCUUCUGAUAUCAAUAAUCCAGUAGACAGACCAACAGAGCCACAAUUUGGAACUCUUCCCAAAGCACUAACUAAAAAGGAGCAUCCACCAGCAAUAAAUCACCUGGACUCCAGCAGUAAUCCUUCUUCUACAACCUCAUCCACACCAUCCUCUCCAGCACCUUUCCAGUCUUCCAACCCUCCCAGUGCAACACCUCCUCCAAACCCCUCUCCCAUGGGGCAGAGAGAUGGGCGAUUUAACUUCCCAGCUGCCUACUACAUUCAGCAUAGACAACAAUUUAUCUUCCCAGAAAUUCCCAGUCCUGCACAAAUAGCCCACCCUCCAGAAAUUGCUGCAGACACUAAUGCUGCUCAGCAGCCAGACACAGAGGGACAGGAAUGUGAAGCAGAGGUGGAAGAACCAGAGACAAAUAAAUCAGAACCUGAAGAUGAUGAGGAUGAGGUGGAAGACUUGCCAAACAGACGGCCACACCUGCAAGGGAUGAUUUAUCGCAAACCCAGCCAGACCAGUGUCUACCUGCAGGAGUGGGACAUUCCCUUUGAACAGAUUGAACUGGGAGACCCGAUUGGCCAGGGACGGUGGGGGAAGGUGUACAAGGGAAAGUGGCAUGGGGAAGUGGCCAUCAGGCUCUUGGAGAUAGAUGGGAACAAUCAGGAUCACCUCAAGCUCUUCAAAAAGGAAGUGAUGAACUACAGACAGACCCGGCACGAGAACGUGGUACUUUUCAUGGGAGCAUGCAUGCACCCUCCUCAUUUAGCAAUCAUUACCAGCUUCUGCAAAGGAAGGACACUUCACUCCUUUGUGAGGGACCCCAAGAUAUCCCUGGACAUAAACAAAACCAGGCAGAUAGCCCAGGAGAUCAUUAAGGGCAUGGGGUAUCUUCACGCAAAGGGGAUUGUACAUAAGGAUCUGAAAUCCAAGAAUGUUUUCUAUGACAAUGGGAAAGUUGUGAUCACUGACUUUGGAUUAUUUGGAAUUUCGGGUGUGGUUCAGGAAGGAAGGAGGGAGAAUGAACUGAAGCUGCCUCAUGACUGGUUAUGCUACCUGGCUCCUGAAAUUGUUCGUGAGAUGGCCCCUGGGAAGGAUGAAGACAAGCUGCCUUUCUCCAAAGCUGCAGAUAUCUAUGCCUUUGGGACUGUGUGGUACGAGCUCCAAGCAAGAGAAUGGCCUUUCAAGAACCAGCCUGCAGAGGCACUAAUCUGGCAGAUUGGCAGUGGUGAAGGAGUGAAACAAGUCCUGGCAACUGUUAGUUUGGGGAAAGAAGUCAACGAAAUUCUCUCAGCGUGCUGGUCCUUCGAUCUCAGCGAGAGGCCGAGCUUCACUGUCCUCAUGGAUAUGCUGGAAAAACUGCCAAAGCUGAACCGCCGGCUCUCCCACCCGGGGCACUUCUGGAAGUCAGCUGACAUUAACAGUAGCAAAGUUGUCCUGCGUUUUGAAAGAUUUGGCUUGGGAAUCCUGGAACCAAGUAAUCAAAAGAUAUAGCAUGGUGUGUAAUUGUCUUGUGAUAAUGUUGUCUGCCUGCUUACACAAAGCAUCAGAAAUCUUCACUGAAUCUUCCAAGCUCUGAACCUGGUGCAGCCACAGCUGAAAGCCACGCGACCAUCACUCCACAGUCCCGUGCUGUUUGCAAAGUCUGAAUUCUGCCUAAGCACCAGCAGUUAUUUAAAGAAUGUUUACAUGAUACUUUUGCGUGAACUAUAUUUUUUUAAACAUAAUAAACAGUGAAGCAACUUUACAGCCAUUCUCAAAUAGUACUGAAAAAAAGAACUAUUUCUAGUUCCCGCUUGUGUCUGUGAUAAACAAGAGCUAUCUUCUGCCUUCAAAGCAUUUGUUCUCCCCAAGAGAAGCAGAACUGUUCUGUUCAGAAUGGCAGCAGGGCCACAAGGGGCUGGAGUUCCAGAGUGUAUUUUUCUUUCAUUAAGGUAAAACUGAUCUCUUGUUUUGUGAUUUGCACAAACCACUCACUGAGCUCUGAGGUUUGUUUCAGCAGUGCUGGUCCAGGCUCUGGGUUACGUGACUUAGGUUACAGCAGUACAAAUCUCCUUCUCAUGGGGGAGUUGCUGAUGGUGCAGGCUGCCUCUCAGUUCUUUAAUUGCUUUAAUUCAGGAAGAUUACAACUGGGUCUAGCAGACCCGGCUCAGCCCAACAGCUCAGACUUGUUUUAAAGCUUAAUUUUAAGAGAAAAGAACCACCACACACCCUCUCCAGUGUGUAAUAUGCACGUUAUAAAGAAUACAUCUGAUCACCACAUUUAGGGUGCCAGAGGCAUCAUCCCCCAUCCAUCUUUCUCCUGCCAGCCAGGGCAGUGGGAGGCCCUCAUCACACAAUCAACAACCAGAUCCUUUCUGUCCUUACAGUAACUGCUUUUGAUGAGAUAGUCCUUUAGGGCUCCCUGGAAGUCAACAAGUUUCAUUUCUCCAACAGCACUAGUAUGUUACACACUCCCCUCUACACCUUUCACCUUCAUUACAAGGGUUUGCCAUGAGGAUCACAGGGAUGGGAGCUCUGAAGUCCUCCGCAGGGCUGGCAAGGUGACAAGCACUCAGUUUGGCCACCUAUGGGUGGCUGACUGCUGUAGAAAAUUAGGUGGCAAAAGCUGCUGAGCAGAGAUCUUCACUCCUAUGUGCAUGUCAGUUAUAUUCUCUUAAAAGUGUUUUGACAGAGUGACUUUUUAAAUAUGCCUUGGAUAUAAAAGACUGGUUUGGUGGUAGCAAAGUGUGGCAUCGUGGUACUCUGACCUCCUUCCUCUCCCCACCUUUUUUACAGUAAAUGUCCCCUUCCAACUAUCCUGUGUAUUUUACCUACACCACUUGGGCCACUCACCUGAAACCUCUGCUCCCUUUGUGCUGCACUUCAAAGUGUGCUGAAUGCCACUAGGAGACUCAUCCCAGCUGAGCACUGCCCUGCUGCUCCCCUCCGGGGGCAGGAGGGGUCCCAAAACCUGUCUUUACUCAUGACAUUUGGGAUUCUAGUUCAACCUGACCUUGGUUUUGUGUUUAACACCCAUAAAUUGCUCUUGAAAGCAAACCCCAGCCUCCUGGAGCCAGUAGAUCAGAGGCUCACUACUGCCUCUGAGAUAAUUUUUGUUCUAAUCAGAUGGUGUAAGACACAUGGAAAUCGUCCAAAAGCUGUGUGGAUUUGUACAGCUGUGAAGAGAGCAGAGCUCUCUGAUCCCUCAACACAUUGCAAACCAAGUGACAGUGUUUGGGUUGUAUUGUCCCCUGGUCACCCAUCUGUCCCCUGUGUGCUGGUGUCAGGGUGUGAGGCAGGGUCAGUCUGAAGUGCUGCAGAGCUGUAAAUGUGAAGCUGGCUGUACAAUGCUGCUACAAAAGCCACUCGUCAGUAGUGAAUGUAAAUGGAGUCUGUAAUAUGGUGAAAAUGGACACGUUUUCUUUUCAAAUGUGAUGUAAACUUUGUACAGUAAGAAAUUUUUUUUUAUAUUUUCUAUCAACUGAGUGUCUUCCAGAAUUACUAUUAAAUUAAUUAAAAAUUGUUAGUAUUAACAAGUUUCUGUAUUAGUUUAUGCAACCAGCAAAAAAAAAAAAAAAAAAGGAAAGAAAAAAAAAAGAAAAGAGAAAAAAAAAAGAGUACACUCUAUGCUAAUGAGGUUCUGGAUAUGUAGGAAUCUUUUCAGUGAAUAAAUCUUUGC